UACAACAAGGAAGUGAAGGUUUAUUGUAAAGGAAAAUAAUCACCGGAUAAAACAUAUCUUCAAACCGGGAGCAGCCUCGCUCGGUUGUUGGGUGUCGGGGGGGUAAAGUCACCGUGGACUUUCCCGUGAGCCCGUUUCAGAUCGUCUCUUAGAGCCUGCUGUUAGCCAGCCAGCUAGCGAUGAACACGGACGUGGAGUUUCACAUCAGGCAGAAUUAUCCGUGGACCAAGCUUCCAGCUAAUGUCAAACAGAGUUUGGGGAACUCUCAACGCGAAUAUGAGAAACAUGUACUGCUCUACAGCAUCCGCAACCAGCUGCGAUUCCGCAAUAACCUAGUGCGCCACGUGAGGAAGGAUGAGCGCAAGUAUUAUGAGGAGCUGCUGAAGUAUAGCCGGGAGCACCUGAUGCUGUACCCCUACCACCUGUCUGACAUCAUGGUCAAAGGGCUGCGAGUGACUCCGUUCUCGUAUUACAUAGGAAUCAUGGAGGAUAUUAUGAACAGUGAGAAGAGUUAUGACUCCUUGCCCAACUUCACUGCUGCUGACUGUCUGAGACUGCUUGGCAUUGGGAGAAACCAGUACAUCGACCUGAUGAACCAGUGCAGGUCCUCCAAAAAAUUCUUCCGUAGGAAAUCAGCACGGGACCUGCUACCUGCCAAGCCGGUAGAGAUCUCUGUGGAGCCUUGGUGGGUGGCGCAGACAGGCUACAUCACUGAGGAUGAUAUCAGGAUCUGUUCUCCAGCAGAGAAGAAAUCCAUCGAUAAGAUGAUUGAUUCUGGUCCUCAGCUGGCUGGAUCAACGGAGUAUAACGUGGUGUUAAGCUUGUACAACCGGGGCUUCAUCUACUUGGAUGUGCCUAUAUCUGAUGACAGCUGUAUCUCAGUUCCCCCACUGGAAGGCUUUGUCAUGAACCGCGUCCAGGGCGAUUACUUUGAAACGCUUCUCUACAAAAUCUUUGUGUCCAUUGAUGAGCAGACAAACGUAGCAGAGCUGGCGAACGUGUUGGAGAUCGACUUGGACUUAGUAAAGAAUGCAGUGUCCAUGUACUGUCGCCUCGGCUUUGCUGUAAAGAAAGGACAGGUGUUCAGCUCAGAGCAGCUCCAUCCUACCUGGAAAAACGCCCCGUCUGUCAACAGACUCAAGAGUACCAUGGACCCUCAGAAGAUGCUGCUGUCCUGGGAGCAGGGCAGUCCUGUCAUGGAGGGAGGCUCCUCAGCCACCGACACUGACACCACCAGUCUGGAAGACCAAGCAGACACAGCCAGCGUCAGCAGCCUGAGCAUCCCGGUCGCACCCACCAAGAGGAUCGCCUUCCUCUUUGACUCCACACUCACAGCUUUCCUCAUGAUGGGCAACCUGUCUCCGAACUUGAAGAGUCAUGCAGUGACCAUGUUUGAGGUGGGUAAGCUGUCUGACGAGACUCUGGACAGCUUCCUGGCUGAGUUGGAAAAGGUAGAAAGCACAGCAGAGGGAGAGGCUCAGCGAUACUUUGACCACGCUCUGACCCUGAAAAAUACCAUCCUCUUCCUGCGCUACAACAAAGAACUCACUCAGGACCAGGGACCUGAUAUCCCAAAUAUAGGUUUCCCGCUGGACAUGCUGCGCUGUGAGAGCCUGCUGGGUCUGGAUCAGGCCACCUGCAGCCGUGUCCUCAACAAGAACUAUAAGCUGCUGGUCUCGAUGGCGCCGCUCAGCAACGAGAUCAGACCCAUCAGCAGCUGCACGCCUCAGCACAUUGGCCCGGCAAUCCCCGAGGUGAGCUCCAUCUGGUUCAAGCUGUACCUGUACCAUGUGACCGGCCAAGGCCCGCCGUCUCUGCUGCUCUCCAAAGGCUCCAGGCUCCGCAAACUUCCGGACAUAUUCCAGGGCUACGACAGGUUGUUGAUCACCUCCUGGGGUCAUGACCCCGGCGUCGUCCCCACGUCCAAUGUGCUGACCAUGCUCAAUGAUGCCCUCACACACUCUGCUGUGCUCAUCCAGGGUCAUGGUAUGCACGGCCAUGGCGAAACAGUCCACAUCCCUUUCCCUUUUGAUGAGGAGGAUCUGAAGGGAGAGUUUUCCUACUCCAACAUGUGUGUGCACAAAGCACUGAAGAAGCUGAAAGAGCAGGUGGACCUGGAGCACCAGUGUGGCUACAUCACCAUGCUCAACUCCAACAACAGGCACCGUCGCCGGGGUAGUGACAGCACCGAGUGCAGAGGAGACACCCAUCUAGGUGGAGGCCUGGACACCAAUGGCAGCACUGAGUCCUUUGAGCUUGUAACAGAUGAGAACAAUGGAGAGAGCAAAGGAAAGACGGACACUCUGUCAACCGAAGAUGAGUGGGUCCCUCUUGAACUGUGCUUCGGCAUGCCCCUCUUCAGCUCCGAGCUCAACCGCAAAGUGUGUCGGAAGAUUGCCUCGCACAAACUGUGCAGCAACGAGAGCCUUCAAGAGCUACUUCACUCAAGCCGAAAGCUAUCGCUGAAGGUGUUGAGCUUCGUUCAGUCAUUCCAGGACGGCAUUCAGCCCUCCGACCUGGACAGCGGUGUGUCAAACCCUCUCAGUCAGCCCCCGGCAGAGUCUGGCGUCCCCCUGCCCGCCCUCAAUCUCCUCUUCAAGGACGGACAGCUGAAAGAGUGGAGUGGGCGGGCCCCUCCUCCUCUGGACAUCUCAGCCCUGCAGAAGGACCAGCCCACAUAAACCACUUCCCGAAACGUCCAGAUUUGAUCACAAGAAAAAAGGCUGAUCAAAAUCUCUUUGAAAAGGCCCACCCAACUCUCACAGUGUCACUGAGGAAAUUCUUAUUGGAGGUUCAACCCUGUGUCUUCACAUCUGGUCACAAGGAAAUGCACUCAUUCAUAAGCCCCUGUCCAUCAGUAUGCAGCCAUGGCAAAAUAAAAGCCACAAAGCAAUUUAUCUCCUGUAUGAGGAACCAUCUUUCUGACAGUUUUGCCAACACUAAUACAGAUCCCCUUCGCUGUCCCCCUUUGUGGUUCCUGGUAUUCGUAACAAGGCAGUGUUAUCUGUUGGAGUGGUGCUAUUAUCACAGUAUAUAACUAUGAUGCAGGUAAACAGCAUAUAAUCAGGAAAGCCAUGUAACUGGAAACCCAAGCGCUGUUCUCCAGUGACUAGCCCCCCUACCCUUCAGUCAAUGGAUGUUUUUGUGAUCCUUGAGAGUGGAGUGUGAAGUGGUUAAUAAUGUAUAGAUGUUUUAAAAAUGACCCACAAAAUAAACAAAGUGUUGAACAGACUUCUUCGGAAAUCAUUUGACAUAAUACAUAUUGUAGGACAAGGAUUUACCCGGUCACAUCUGAGUUCAGAUACAGACCCCGCUGCCUCCUUGUGUUGUUUCAUGUUAAGUGAUCUGAUGAUACUGUUGCACAAAAUAGAAAUACUUUUCCUCUUUACUUAUAAUCGAUAUUGGGGGGGCAUUUAUUAUUUGCACUGUGCAGGAUUUCCUGUGGAUGAAGUAAUGUCAUGUAAUUCUUUUAUUUCUUUUUUUUCUUCAAAAACAUUUCACCUUUCAUGUAGUGUGUGCACACAAUUUUAGAGCUCAUGUUUAACACAAAGAAGUGUUUCCUCUUGUAAAGUUAGAAGUUGACAGGGCAUCAGAUAAUCUGCUGUUUUUUUAAAUCUUUUUUUCUGCAAAACAUUCUUUCUCAGUACAAGAGAGCACCAAAGACCAUUUUCCCUGUAUAAUAACUUUUUUUUUUUAAACUUCUGUUUUACUGCCUUUUUUUUUAUUUUGCUGCCUUAUUACUAUCAGCCAAUCAGAAACCACCAGGUCUUGGAUCGAAUCUCUGGAUUUGAUUUGCUUUUGUUGGGUGUUUUUGCUUUUCUAGUCUCUUUUUUUUAGAUUUAACAAAUGAUUUAUGUGCAUUUGAUUGCCUGUACAUAACCAUUGAAAUCAGCAACACUGGGUCACAAACUAUCACUUAUCACCCUUCUCAAGAAUUACACAAAAUAACAAUCUAAUUUAGAGUAGAUUUAGAGUAGAUUGGGAACAGUCAGGUCUGUGUGUGUGUGACCCGGCCCUGUUGUCUGCCAGUAUCUCUCCCUGGAUCCACUCCAGUUCAGUGCAGUGCACUCUUGGCCGACCCACAACACUCUCCAAGGGAUUCUGUUUACACCAUGUUUUGAAAAAUGGGGUUUGUAGUCUAGAGAGGACUAGGCAUCUUCGCUAUAAAGGCUGUCACAGACCCAUGGGAUAGAAAUGCUAAUGCUAUGCCCAGCGUCUCAGAGAGAUGCGAUGGCCCAAAAAGUAUCUGAAGUCUGUCAUGAAUUUUUAGCAAGGCUCCGAGAAUAUAGAGUAUGUUUUAUUACAUUUAGAAUGGUAACCCAUUUAGUUGAGUUUCUUCCUCGUCUUGUUUUUUGGAAGGAAUCUGCCUUCUGCAGUUUUUGACCCACUUGUGGUUUUUGUUUCUAAUAACGUGAUGCUGAUCUAGAAAAAAAAACAACUAACUAACAUGAGGUCCCGUUUGAAGCAUGAUGACUGUGUAGAAACUGUUGUGUGUAUGUUGUGUAUGUGUGCGUAUUGUACACCUCACACUUGGUGUGUUUCCUUACACGCCUACUUUUCACUAUAGAGUCCCCUUAAACCUGCCUGUCUGUUAUCUUUACUGUAGUUGCAGUACUUGGACAUCCCAGAUAUCCUCCAUCCUCCUCCGGGUAUACAACCACACCACAGUGUUUAAAAAAUGCUAGUUUUAUAUGUCAGCCUAUAUUUUAGGAAAUCUUUGUUGUAGCUUGUUUAAUGGGACUGUGAAUAUCAUUGACUUGAGUUAAUAAUGAUGCUCUUGUAAUUAAAUGGGAUAAACAAAAAAGAAGAAAGUGACAUUCCUUCAACAUGCCCUUUCUCCUUCCUCCCUCCAUUCUGCUCCAGAUACAUGUUAUUAUUACAAAUAAAUAUGUAAAAAGUAUAUGAAAAUAUAAAUAAAUA